CAAAUAGUGCUCAAAUAGUAGUUAAGAGACGGUUUAAGAGACGGUAUAGAGACAGCGUUGUGGAUGGCCUAAUCUUCUCCUUUGAGAAUAAUCAGAUAUGGAAAAAAGGGAAAAUUACAUCAUUAUAGCCUAAAACUGUACGUCAAUCAAUUUCGAAAAAGUACAAAAAAUGAAUCUUUAUUGUAUUUAUUUUACUUUAAAUAUUAAAUGCGAUAAUUUUUGGAAGAAAAGCUCACUGAUGACUGAUAUCAUUGCCCUAAUACCUCCACGCGCUCUGCAGGCUUUUAAGCUUUCAUUUGGACGUUUCAAUAUUUCUAGUAUUUAGUGUUUAACCUAUUAAUAUCGAUCAUACGAUAAUUCCAUUCGCAACCAAUUCAACUACAAAUGCAGUCACUCUCACCACAAUCAUAGUGUGAAUUAAUCAAAGUGGCCAAUUCAACAAGACACAAAUAAAUCAUCUAUAAAUACCAAUGAAACUGAUUAACCUAGAAUCACUAAAAUGGCCGUAACCAAAGCCAAUCAAAAGCCUCAUGUUUUGGCUGUGCCGUUUCCGGCCCAAGGCCACGUGAAGCCGCUCAUGAAAUUGGCUCGCCAAAUCGCCAAACACGGCAUUAAGGUCACGUUCGUUAACAUCGAAUGCGUCCAUCGCAAAAUCCUCUCUUCCUCCCAGGCCGAGGACGAGGACGUGGACAACUUGGUGAUGACGGCCGUGGGCGACGGGCGGGGCCCGGGAGAGGAGGAUGACGUGUUCAAGCUGCUCGACACGCUGAGAAGCUCGAUGCCUCGAUCUCUGACGGAGCUCAUCGAGACGAUCAACGCUUCCACGCCCGAUGAGACGAUCACUUGUGUGAUUGCGGAUAUCACUAUGGCUUAUCUUUCGCAGACCGCGGAGAGUAUGGGUGCGGAGUUCGUCGUUUUCGCGCCGCCCUCGGCCGCAGCUGUUGCCAUACUCAGGCUGAUUCCUAAUCUCCUCGAGGAAGGAACUCUGGACGAAGAUGGAAGUGUGACAAAUGGAGUGAUAACAAGCCUCUCCGAAGAUAUACCCGUGUGGAAAAAAGAUGAAUAUACAUGGAGUUUCGCAAUCGACCUGAAAACUCAGAAGAUCUUCUUCGAAUGUUCUCGAAGGAUCGUCAGAGAAGUAUCCGAGGCCAAGCUGCUGAUAAGCAACACUUGCUACGAGCUCGAGACCGCAGCUUGCGAUCUCACCCCCAACCUCCUUCCGGUCGGGCCGCUGACCUUAGUCUACCCGGACGGCCCGAAUCCCGGCCCGAAAUCAUGCAGCUUCCACCCUCAGGACUUGUCUUGUCUAAGCUGGUUGGAUAGCAAAGCAGAUGGAUCAGUCAUUUAUGUCUCAUUCGGAAGCUUGGCUGUUUUCUCUCAGCAGCAGCUGGACGAGCUGGCGUUCGGGCUCGAGAUGUCGGGCCGGGCUUUUCUGUGGGUCGUGCGGUCGGACCUCGCGAACGGGUCGCGGGCCAUGAUCCCGGAUGGGUUUGCGGGGGAGAAUGGGAAGAUUGUUGAGUGGGCCCCACAGGAGGAGGUUCUGUCUCAUCGCUCGGUCGCGUGCUUUUUGUCGCACUGUGGGUGGAAUUCGACUAUGGAGGGGUUGAGUAGGGGCGUUCCGUUUCUAUGUUGGCCUUAUUUUUCGGACCAGUUUCAUAAUCAGAAAUAUAUAUGUGAAAAAUGGGAGAUUGGAUUGAGGAUUGAUCAUGAUGAGAGUGGGAUUAGGUCUAGGCAUGAAAUUAAGGAGAAAAUUGAUUUGGUUUUUUGCGAUGAUCGUUUUAAGAAAAAUGCAUCGAGGCUUAAGGAAGUGACUAGGGAGAGUGUUGGUGAAGGGGGCUCUUCUUACAAGAAUUUGAAGAAAUUCAUUGAUCAUCUUAGGAAAAUAUGUUGAAGCAGUCUUAUCAAUAAGUGCUUGUGUUUUUUUUUUUUAAUUUGUGUGCUCUGUUUUAUAAUUUUCUUGUAAUGUUCACUUUAAAAAUUUCAUGUAUUGUGAUUCAAAUAUCUAAGUUCAGUGACUGAUCAGAAUUGAAUGAAAA